CUAACGCCAUCUACGAUGGUUGUGAUAAAACGUGACAAAACAAAUAUGGCGGAAGACAAGAUUGGUUCAUUGGAGGAGGAAGCUUUGAAACGAAAAGAACGCUUGCAGGCUUUGAAAAAGAAAACCGAAGAUAACAAAGAAAACCAAAAUGAUAGUGUUAGUACGUUACCAAAACCGAAAUUUCGGAGUUACAAACCACAGGAUGACAGUCUUAAGGACAAAGUAUUAGAAGAUGCACAGCCAGGUAAUGUUGAAGAGGAAGUACAAGAUCAAUUAAGCGCUGCAGUUACAAAAGUUGUUAUUGAGGAGCUUGAUAUUAGCAAUCUUGCUCCCAGGAAACCAGAUUGGGAUUUGAAGCGGGAUGUUGCAAAGAAAUUAGAAAAAUUAGAAAGGAGGACUCAGAAAGCAAUAGCUGAGCUUAUAAGAGAUCGUCUUAAGCAAGAGCAGCAUGAUUGGGCUGCUGUGGUAAAUGUCGCAACCAACGAUCAGACAAAGAACCAUUCUUAAGGAGUUUUAAAUCUUUUAUAAGAUUUUAAUAACUUUGUGCAUAUAAGUAUAACACAAUAAUAAAAUAUAUUAGUAAUAAUUUUAUUUAUUAUCGUCUAGACUACUAUAAAUUUCAGGACAAUAUAUUUCAUAGACAUAUUCAUGAAGAGAACUUAUUAUCUAUAAGAUUAAAGUAUAUGUAUAUUAUCAUAAGAUUAAGGUAUGUUAUCAUGGCAGCGGUAGGAACUGUUGAAUAAAUACAUACUAGAAUUUUU